AUGUUUAUAUACGGGAAGGAUAACAAGAAGAUACUGGGCGAAUCCUGGAGCUUCGAGGAUGGGCGUUAUUACCAACGACGACACAACGAGGCCCCCAGUCUCGUUUCCAGGAGCAACUGCCGGCAGUGGGGGGGUGGGGUGUGCGGGUACAGCGACGGCGGCCUACUGGUCGUCGCCCGAGCCGCCCGCCGUUCCCCUGCCCCGAGGGGCCCGGCCGGCCGCGGCGAGGGGAGAGGUCAGCAUGAGCCGGGGGUCCGGCGGGCCGGCGCAGGACGGGGGGCGGCGGCCGCGGUGAAGCUGCUGGUCACCCUGAGCUUCCUCCCGAGCGUCGUCGAGGCCCAGGUCACCGGAGUUCUGGAUGAUUGCUUGUGUGAUGUUGAUAGCAUUGAUAACUUCAACACCUUCAAAAUCUUCCCCAAAAUGAAAAAAUUGCAAGAGCGAGACUAUUUCCGUUAUUACAAGGUUAAUCUGAAGCGACCAUGUCCUUUCUGGGCAGAAGAUGGCCAUUGUUCAAUAAAAGACUGUCAUGUGGAACCCUGUCCAGAGAGUAAAAUUCCAGUCGGAAUUAAAGCUGGAAGUUCUAAUAAGUACCUGAAAGUGGCAAAUAAUACCAAAGAAUUAGAAGAUUGUGAGCAAGCAAAUAAACUCGGAGCAAUUAACAGCACAUUAAGUAAUCAAAGCAAAGAAGCUUUCAUUGACUGGGCAAGAUAUGAUGAUUCACAGGACCACUUUUGUGAACUUGAUGAUGAGAGAUCGCCAGCUGCUCAAUACGUAGAUCUAUUGCUGAACCCAGAGCGAUACACUGGUUAUAAGGGGUCCUCUGCAUGGAGAGUGUGGAACAGCAUCUAUGAAGAAAAUUGUUUCAAGCCUCGAUCUGUUUACCGCCCUUUAAAUCCUCUGGCACCCAGCCGAGGAGAAGGUGAUGGAGAAUCAUUCUACACAUGGCUAGAAGGUUUGUGUCUGGAGAAAAGAGUCUUCUAUAAGCUUAUAUCAGGACUUCAUGCUAGUAUCAAUUUACAUCUGUGUGCAAAUUAUCUUUUGGAAGAAACCUGGGGUAAACCUAGUUGGGGACCUAAUAUCAAAGAAUUUAAACGCCGCUUUGACCCUGUGGAAACCAAGGGAGAAGGUCCAAGAAGGCUAAAAAAUCUGUACUUUUUAUACUUAAUUGAACUUCGAGCUCUAUCAAAGGUGGCUCCAUAUUUUGAGCGCUCAAUUGUUGAUCUGUACACUGGAAAUGUAGAAGAAGAUGCUGACACAAAAACCCUCCUACUGAAUAUCUUUCAAGAUACAAAGUCCUUCCCCAUGCACUUUGAUGAGAAAUCCAUGUUUGCCGGUGACAAAAAAGGGGCCAAAUCACUGAAGGAGGAAUUCCGGUUGCAUUUCAAGAAUAUCUCCCGUAUAAUGGACUGUGUUGGAUGUGACAAAUGCAGAUUAUGGGGAAAAUUACAGACUCAGGGUUUAGGAACUGCCCUGAAGAUACUAUUCUCUGAAAAAGAAAUCCAAAAGCUUCCAGAGAACAGCCCAUCUAAAGGCUUCCAACUUACUCGACAGGAAAUAGUUGCUCUUUUAAAUGCUUUUGGACGGCUUUCCACAAGUAUAAGAGAAUUACAGAAUUUUAAAGUCUUAUUACAACACAGUAGGUAAUAAAGGCUUUUUCUGUGUCCACUUAGAGACAUAAAGUGACUAUGUGAAUGAAGCCUAUUAAUCUUGGACAUUUCAGCAGGAGACUAAUCUUCAAAGACUUCAAGAAUAUUGAACUCUUUUAAAAAAAAGUGUAAAUGUCUAGAAUAUUUAUGAUUCAUAGUAGAUUAUCAAUUAGAGCUAUUUAUAAAUGAAGUAUAUGCUUUUAAAACA